UGUGCGUCUGCCGGCCCACUUCCCACCGCCGACGCACCGCCGCCACCCACCUCCCGCCCGCGCGCUGCCGUCGCCCACCUCACGCAUCGCGCGCCACCGCCGCCUGCCACCCGCCCAGCACGCCACCGGGGCUCCACCUUCAGCGUCCGACGCACCACCUCCACCACGCGCCGCCGACAGGGCCCCCACCACCACCGAGCGCCCGCCUUGAGGGCCCCCACCACCGAGCGCGCCGCCGUGAGGACCCCCACCUCCACCGCUCGCCACCGGGAAAUCCCCCACCCCCACCGCGGCUUCCCAGUGCUACCUGCCUCCAUAGAAUCUGGCGUAGCUUCAGGCCUUCUUCCCCCCCGCACAGCUCCGCCCCUCCCCUUCAUGCCUCCAGGGUACCCAGCGCGCCGCUCAUCGGGGGUCGACAGUAUGCGCCGCCAUGAGGGUCCACAUGAGCCGCGUCGGGAGUCCACCCGCUCUCACCUCGCUGAUUUUCCCGGCGCGCUACCCUGCUCAAUGGAGAACGCGCCAUCAGCCGUGGCCCUGCUCACCGGCCUGAGAAGCCAUCGCCAGGGCCGCCCUUGGGACUCCAUCCUCUCUCGCCCCAUCUACUAAUUUGCUGCUACUGGAUGUUACUUUCCCGCCUUUGCGUGCAAUCGCCGCCAGUCAACUCUCACGAGACUGCCUCCCGCGUGCGCACUACCGGCCAGUGCCGUUCUGCCCCUCAGUUUCGACCCAUAGUGGCAUGAAUCUUGGAGAACUACACUGUUGUUUUGCUCGACCUGCGCUUCUGCUGGUGACGUCAACCAACUGGUGAUGUGAAGUGCACUUUGGAUGAUUUAUGUGCUUGGUUCAGCUGGCACCUAUCAUCAAGACGCAGAUGCGGCCGAUUUUUGGUGUCCGCUUGUUUUUUAUUUGGAUACUUUUUCUGUUGAAUUUAUACUGCUUCUUGUCCCAUCCAACCGUGUGAUUAAUUUCUUCACUGUGUCUAUACUUUUCUUAUAUUUGGAUCCACUUUUCUGUCUAAUUUAUGCUGCUUGCAUGCUAGUUUACAGAGAACUAAUAGAAAGUAUAUGCUGGAAGUGCACAUAGGAGAAAAUAGGCAGUUCUUUAUAUAUAAAAUAAUAUAAGUGCUAUUCAUUUUGUAACUCUACCUUCUUCCGUCCAAAAAGUUCAUCAUUUUGGUAGUUCGUUUGGUAUUCACGGGGAGUUCAUUCAUUAGAGGAAGUUUAGUUUGGAUUGAAAAAACAGUUCGAUCAUGCCACACAUGUAGUUUUUAUUUCUUUUCUUGUGAAGUCCAAUUCAUAUGCACUUGAAAGUUCACAAUUUGUAUAUGUAAAAAUUGCAGACAUUACAUACUUGGACAAACUGCAUAUAUUUCAGCCGAUUAGUUCAUUUGAUCUAUGCAUGAAGUUCACAUGUUUUUUCCCUGGGAGUUCGCCGUGUCAAUCAUUUUGUUGGCAAGGUCACACAAUUUUUAUGUGGAAGUUCACUUUCUCACAAUGUGACAGUUUGCUAUUGCAGAGCUUGAGGGUGCAGAACCGAAGUGACGUUCCGAACUCCUACGAAGGACGCUCCAGGCCUCCAUCUCCAGACCUCAAUGAGACCGUGGCAUCAUGUGCUCUCCAGUGAUGCGCCUGAUUGAUUACCAGCGCUUCCACCUACGUCAUGUGGCCCACCGUGAAGUCCACCGUGUGGGCGUCAAGAGUCCACACCACCGUGAACUGUGAAGAACAGCUGGACUCGCCCGAGCGCGUGUUCGAAUACUCCCCCGAGGAUCCUCUGAACUUCUCCUUGCCAUGUGCUGUGAAGGUGAUUUCAUCCGGGAAGUUCACCGUGCCCCCAUCGGGUGCCCCCAUCGGGAAGUCCACCGUGCUUAGAGCUCAUGCGUUGCCCCUGCGUACGCCCGAGUCCUACCCCAUUGUUGCGGGAAAAAAUAUCAGGAAGCUCAAUUUAAUAACAUCAGGAAGUUCAUUUUUAACCAAACUGGAUGCACUGCUAGGCACCAUCGACCACAAGACCGGCGCCACAACUUCUCUGAACUGCCCAUGUUGUGGUGUCAUGGGAUGCCAGUGCUCUUUCCACAUUCAUGUACAAGAUGAAAAAGACGGACAGAGGCCCAAUACUAAAUGCAUGCUGCCAAAAUGGAGGCGCUCAAAGCCUCUUCUAGUUUAUGAAAAUCAUAAUAAUAUUGGUGGGUCAACCAUUUGGGAUAUCGAUGUGGAGAAUUUCAGUGUUACUGUUGGCGGACGUAAUCUUAUUUAGGAUCAAACUCGACGCUUCGCUUUGGAAGACACUAUGGAGUUCACUCAACUUGCCCAGUUGUGUGGCACUGAUGGAGGGCUCUAGUGCGGCCGCUCCGGCUCAUACUGGCGGCUCCUACUAGUACCGAACUUUCUAUUUUUCAGUGGUGAAAUGCUGCUCGUUAUAUUGAGUCGCUGCUGCUGGUUCAGUUUAGUCUGGGCUGUUCAUGCACCAACGGCUGCAACUGCGCCCAACAAAGACAUUGAACGGGAGAUGGAGCUUGAUAGCCACCGUCAAAAGUAAUUACAAUCUGACAGAUAUGUAGAAUAUUGUUGAUGUAUAUAUUUAGGCUGAGUAGUUCAUUUGAUCUAUGCACUCAUGUAUAUAAAAGUAGUGUGACAUGGGGAAAUCCAGGUUCAC